AUGGCAGCCAACUUGAAGGAAAUUGUUGGGAUUUACCAGAAUCUGAAAAGAGUUUGGGACAGUAAACCUCAAAAUUUGGACAAAGCGGGCGAAUUACUGUCCAAGCUUAAACUUGCACUCACCAGUGUUGCUUUCUUGCCAACAACUGAAUCAUCUGUCACUAAACAAGAGCUUCUAAUUGCCCGUGAUAUUUUAGAGAUUGGAGCACAAUGGGCAAUUGCUAAGAAGGACAUACCAGCAUUUGAGAGGUACAUGGCCCAGCUGAAAUGUUAUUACAUGGAUUAUAAGGACAACUUACCCGAAUCAACUUUCAAGUACCAGCUGCUUGGACUGAAUCUGCUAUGUCUGCUUUCGCAAAAUAGAUUGGCAGAAUUCCACACUGAGUUGGAACGCUUGCCAGUGAAGGAAAUUCAGUCCAACAUUUACAUUAAACAUCCAGUGAGCAUGGAGCAGUACCUGAUGGAGGGAAACUAUAAUAAGGUUUUCCUGGCCAGAGGAAAUGUGCCUGCAGACAACUACAAUUUCUUUAUUGAUAUUUUACUCAAUACAAUUCGAGAUGAAAUUGCUGGCUGUAUAGAGAAGGCCUACAAUCGCAUCAAUCUCAACGAAGCUGCCAGAAUGCUUUUCUUUGAGUCUCAAAAACCCAUGAAGGAUUAUUCAGGGCAGAGGAAAUGGAAUCUACAGAAAGACAACUUUUUUUACUUCACACAAGAGGCCAAAGAUGCUGAUCAUACCAUCCCGGCUAAAACACUUGCAGAGCGAACAAUCGAAUAUGCAAGGGAGCUUGAGAUGAUAGUUUAG